AUGAACAAAAUUUGUUUAACAAACAACUUAACAAAAAUGCCUGUCAAUUUUUUUUUUAAAAUGUUAAAGCUAUACCUUUUGUUUUGCAUUUUUAGUUUCCAUUCGGUCAUAGCACCAAUCCCUACGAUUGAGAAAUACAACAGUACUGAUUCCAUUCAUUCAACUAAUAUUAAUAAUCAACAAGAUUUAAAAGAUUUAACUUUUUUCAGUCAGGUUGUGUUAUCUACACCAAAAUGGGAUCAGAGUUUAACCAGGUAUAAACGUAAAAAGAGAGACUAUGAUGAUGUUUCGUCAGCUGUGGCCGACACUCAGGAACUCAGCAAUAACACGUUUUUGAUGCAAGGACGCAAAGAAACAAGUCCCAAAUGGCAUGUUGGUGCUGGUGUCUACUUGAAUAAAGAACGAUUUUCAGAUACAAAAAAGACAUUCGUAAAGUAUGAGAGUGACUACUGCUCAGAAGAAGAUUAUUCUAGUGACGAGGGUGGUAGUAAACGAAAAUGGUUUAAGCCGUUUUCAAUUGAUUUAAAUGAAACCCAAGACAUAUCCAUCAUUCCUAGCUCAAAAAUAUUAUCUGUUGAUACCAAAGGCAAUUUUGUUAGUCAUAACAAAAUCUCAAACUUUACACUUGGUUAUCAUUCUGAUACUGUGCAGAAAGAUAUAUUUGAGUCUUCUGGCGAUUUCAAAGCGUUCAAAAUGGUUUAUAUUGUUGUUAUCUUGAUUAUAUACUCUUUUUUACACUUUUAA